CACACAAAACUCGAGUUAGCCUAAUUCAGAUUGAAUUUUGAGCCUAAUAUCACGUUCGGUAAUUCAAACUCAGACUCAAAACUCGAGUUUGAACUCGAGUAAUAAAACAUCAACUACCCCCUGAUAUUCCUUUAACUCGAGUCUGUCUUCUACAGUGCAGAUUCUCUGCGCAUACCUGCUUUUCACAUGCCUUGUUACCGUUGCUUGCCAUUCAUUGUCGUUUCCAAGGUUUGCUGCUUGGCUCACGAGAAAGGGCCCCUCUCCGGUUCUCGCCCUUCGCUUCCCUCAUCUCCCAUCUGCUACAGUUGCGCCUCCGUGAACCCCAAGGCCGCGUGCAGUCUGCGAUGCUAUUUUGAUCCAGUGGGUUUGUGCAAAUCGAUGGCCGCGUGAGUUCCUCCUUCCUCGUGCCCCCAUAAAUCCCUCAAUACUCACCCAUUUCCUGAUUGUGCGCCCAACACGAAACCCUAUUUUCCAUCUUCUUCAAUUUUCAAAUCGGACAAAAUUGGUCCGCCGAGCGUGAAGUCCUACAGUCCACUGGCAGUAUUGUUGAGUCGAUGUAGUGUGCAACGUCGUUUCCGAGUGCGUAGGAGUUGUCUCCGGUACCGGUCUUCCCGUCUUCGUUACCGUCGGCGAACUUGGCUGCCAGAACCGUCGGACUCACGGUUGGGGGUUAUCGAAGCAGAGCAUCAGCACUCCUCUGUCGGCUCAAACACGAUGCCAAGAGGGGGCAAUGAUGAGGACACGACUCUUCAUUGGAAUCAAAAGCAGAAGGAGGAGUUGUUGCAACUCCUAGCAGAGUAUAACCGUAACUACCAUGGUCGGAAACCGGUCCAGAAAAAUUGGGAAGAUUGGGCUACUAAGCUACAAAAACAUUUUAAGGAUCCAGUUACGGCGGCCAAGGUUCAACAGAUGCGAGUGCGUCUAAAAGGCAAGUUUGAUAAGGAGGUUAUACUACGUACAACCACAGGCCUUGGUUGGGAUCCUGUGACAGGCGCAGUGACUUGUACGGACGAGUAUUGGGAAGAUUUUGCUAAGAACAAGAAGUGGGCUAAUGCUGCGAAGAAGCAUCCCCUUAAAAAUUUUGACUUGUACUACGAGGCCUUUGGUAGUACCCGUGCAUGUGGUGAAUUUGCGGUGGGAUUGGAAAAUCCCACCACCGCGCACGUAGACACAACUCCAAUCCCGGCUGAAGAAGGUGAAGGGGGGGCGACGUCGCAUUCGUUAGGCAGCGAUGACGUUUUUGUGACCACGAUGCGAGCUGGGUUGAACAGUACUAGGAAGGGCUUGAAUGUUGCAUCCACCUCUAAGGCAAUUGGUAAGAAAUCUGGACGCAGUCAGAAACGUCCGGUUGGCGAUCCAGAAGCAAGGGCACUACUUGGACGACUUGUAGCCUCUAUAGAAAGUAAGAAUAGUAGCAGGGCUACCAGUUCCAGCGCUUCUCAGAACCCUGCGACCCCUACCACUCUGCGGCAGUGUACAGCGAUUGUGAAGGAAAUGGAUCUUGAAGAUGACACUGUCAUAAUAUUCUUAGAGGCCAUUGGGUGGUUUCCACACAUGCAGCAACUCUUUUUGGAUAUGACAGAGACGCAAAGGGUUGGUUUCGUGAUGAGAACCGUUACCUCUAAAACGAGUCAAUCUACCCAAUCUUGCACCAUGCCCCCUCCAUCCAUGGCUUCCAACUUCAUGCAGCCCCCUAUAUAUCAAAACUUCAUGCCGACACCCAACUUUUACCAACAACCGCCAAUCUAUGGCCAACAACCUCCUACCUUUGGCCAACCACAAGUACCCAGUUUCUCUCAACCCCCUCACCACGUGCAACCACAACACCCACCAAUCCAAAACAUGACCCCAAAUGUUACUCCCCAUCCCCCUAACUUUCAAUGUCCACCACCCUAUUACAUGCCUAGUUUUCCACCUAACUCUGGUCAUUUUGGUGGAGGAAACAAUGAGGAGUAGCUACUUGUUAGGCUUUUUAAUUAUGAGGCUCUUUGUUUACGAGACUUUUUAUUUAUGAGGUUUCUUAUUUAUGAGGCUUAGACAGUGUCGGACAAUUUUCUUAAUUA